AUGCAUUCGUGUAUGUUUCGUAUCACACUGCUUACUAUUACCGCUGUCUUGUGUGUGCAAGCAUUUUCUGUGAAAUCAAGUACGUAUUUAGCAGCUGACAUUACAUUCAAUAAUACUGUCUGCUCAGUUAAGGAUGGUGCUCUAACAAUUAAUGGUGUAGAAAUGGGCAAUUUGACUGAGGCAGAAAGACAAGAAUUGCUGAAUUACAUUGAUGAAACUGCAAAAAUUACCGCUUCAAUUAAGGCAGCAAUUGAAAGCGCAAUCGCUGCAAUAAAAGGUACAUUUGAUAAUUGGUGGGAAUCAGACUCAAACAUGGCAAGCUCAUCAAAUGAGCAAACUGAAGCAGGAAACGAUGAAAAACUGGAAUCAGGUGGAAAUUGGGAAAUGCUUGGUCGUAUACGUCCACCAUCAUUCUGUUACAAAAAUUAUGCAGCUAAAAAUGAUAUGUUAUCAGUAGUUUGA